GACCCGACCCGUGUCCACAGUCCUACUCCCACACGAACGGAGCGUGUCCCGCCCGUUUCGUAUAAAGUCGAUGAAGCUAAUACGCAGCCGUCGUUUCCCAGAGGGAGAGAGAGAAUGGGGUAUUCCAAAGACCAGCUGCUUGCGCGAUUGCAGGAACUACAAAUUGAUUUUGUUAGCUACGAUCAUCCCGUCGUGUUGACAGUUGAAGCUCAGGCAAAGCAUGUUGGGCAUUUGGGAGCUGGAUUAAGUAAAAAUUUACUGUUAAAGGACAAGAAACAUAGGUAUUAUGUUGUUUCUGCUCUGGUGGGUACCAACGUGGAUUUGAAAGUUUUGUCUCAGCGGCUUGGUUUAGGAAAAGGAGGCUUGCGCAUGGCUCCUGAAGAAGCUUUGCAAGAAAUAUUGCAGGUGCCAUUGGGAUGUGUCACUCCAUUUGCCUUAAUUAAUGAAUCUGCACGAGCUGUUUCACUAUUGUUGGAUCGAGGAUUCAAAGCUCAAGAAUUCUGCUUUUUCCACCCACUCUCAAAUGACAUGACCAUUUCUCUAAAUGCCCGUGAUCUUGACAAGUUUCUUAUUUCAAUUGGAAGACAACCAUCAUAUGUAGACUUAGAGGCUACUCCUGUGGUAGGGAAGGAUCAACCACCUGAUCUUGCUGCUCUUGUUCCGUCUGAGGCACCUGUUCUACCAGAUCCAUCAGAAAAGGCAAUUCCUGUUCAACUUCCUACUGAAAGCCACAUGCCUGUAAAGAAUAAGUCAGCAGGCCUUCCAGGAAAAACUGUGAAUCCCCCCAGUCAAGCACAACGAGCUAUGGAGAAGCCAAAAAGUGUCUCAGAUCCCUUGGCCGCUGUUACUGAUGUUAGGAAAUUCGUUGAUGAGAUCAUCGAUAAAACAUCAAAAGUAGUCCUGUCGGAGAUUCAAAAGCAUGGGGAACAGCUUGGACCUGAUGUGUUGGAUGGUGUCAGGAAACAUCUCAGUUUGGAUUUGGAGAACCUGACAAUGAUGUUCAAGAAUGCAGCGUACACACAAGGGUUUCAGUCGGGCGUUAGGAGUGUAUCUUUGCGAAAGUAACACCCCCAUAAUAUUUACUUCCUGAACGGGAUUUUGAGCCGUAGCUGUUUUGGUCCAUCAACCUUGUUAUUAGAAAAUUAUUUAUGAAAAAAAAAAAAAAAAAGUGUUACUAGAAGAUCAAUUUGUCACUGAAAGUGAUGGAGAUCAAAACACAUUUAGGAAUACUCAUGGUGAGGAACUUCA